CUGGUUCUCGUGUUUUGCAGAUUCUCUUGAUCUGAAGAUGGCUGCACAGUCAGCACCGAAGGUUGUGCUAAAGAGCACCACCAAGAUGUCUCUGAAUGAGCGCUUUACUAACAUGCUGAAGAACAAACAGCCGAUGCCAGUGAAUAUUCGGGCUACCAUGCAGCAGCAGCAGCAGCUAGCCAGUGCCAGAAACAGAAGACUGGCCCAGCAGAUGGAGAAUAGACCUUCUGUCCAGGCUGCUUUGAAGCUUAAACAGAGAAAUGUUCUCAUUCUGAGUUUCUGGAUCUGCCGAGUGCUUCAUCUCGCAAUCUAGCUGCAGUUAACAGUUGCUGCAGGUUGUUUCCAGUACUUGCUAUCCAGUUGAGGCUGGUUGCUCCCAUCCCCAACUCCACCCUCUCUUGCUGCGCUCCCUUGAUAGCAGCUGGCUGCGAGGAACAGAUGAACAAACGGAUUUUUUGAUGGCUUGCAAAUGCUAGAAUGCAGGCCUGGAUUUAAGGCAUAGUGUUGCAUUCUCUUUAUAUAAAAAGAGUCUUUAUUGUUCCACAUCAGUAAUGAGUACUGCAGAUUACGGUGCGUUCCUCAAAUUGCCUUCUGUCGGUAGAGCAGGAGACCUAAGCAGAUGUGCUAGAUUUUGAUUUCUCUGCCGCAGUCAAUGUGCUUCUCCAUAACCCUGGGCUUAAGGAGAAGGGGCAGGGGACAAAAUCUUGCUACUGCAGGAGCCUCAGUAACGUACGGAAGGGAGCUGUUUGUCUCGGGCCUGCUCGUUCUCAGACUGUAGGGGUUUUUGCAAGUUUUAAAGCCUAUGUUAAAAUGGGAAGGCUGGUUAGGAUUAGCUUAAAACAUACGUGUAGGGCACAAAUUGAAAUCUGUUGGGUAGUGCUGUGCAGUGAGUUCAAAUAGUGGCACUGUGUGACUUGACUGCUGCAGUGGUUAAAUAUAAUUCUGUGCCUUAUCUCGCACACGAGGAGAAAACCCUGGAAAUCUCUUAGCUGAGCUGCUUCACCAAAUAGCUGGAAUACUUAAACCUGCCACACAUGCUCCCAUCCAGAGCUCGCUCUGAUAAAGAGGAGUGCAGCUGCUUUUUAAGAUCUCUUGAGGCUUCUGUUGUAAAACCAGACUGUGGUGCCAGUUAGCCUUGUGGAGCUGGUAAACAAAAGCUCUGGAAAUGGUAUCCUAAAUUAUUUUCUGCUUGUAUAAAAAGUUUGAGAAGUUAAGAAUCUCACGAGUGGUAAGUGAAGCUGGAUUGAACGCGGGGAGUUUCCGCUUGCUGAAUUGAGGUGCCACAGCGGAACAAGGAAGAAUGAGUCGUUUGGCUUAGAUCUUAAACCCAUUUGGGUUUUAUCUUGGCCAUAGGCGUCCUUUCACAAAGUAAAAGUGGAAUUCAGUGCUGCAAGAGAGGGCCGCAGAAGGGCAUUGCAGAGAAAUUUGGAAAUCUGGUGGCUCUUUGAAGAUUGCAAGUUGCUCUGGAAGUUGAUGUGAUUGGAUUUUCACAAGUGCUGUACUUGGUAUCACCAGGAGCUGUUCUCAUCCUUCUGGAUGUACUGUGCCCAGAAGUGAACAAGUGUUUACGUAGACCUGCUGUGGGUUUUUUUUAGUGUAAAAAUAUUUAUACUGGCUGGUUCUAGACGUGCAUUUACUCAGUAGCUGGAGCAGACCAAGGUGCUACUGCUCUGAGGUAGAGCAGAAGGGUGAGCGCUCUUAGGCUGUUUCAGUGCAAAGUCCUGCAGCUUAUCUUAAACUCUCAUGGUAAGUGCCAUAAACGAGUAAUUGGAUGUGGAACACAAACAUGCUUUCUCAUUCCUUUCUGCCGGAGAGGCUGGGCGGAAGGGAGAGGCUGACAUUUUAGGUUGCUAGGGCUGUGAAGAAAAUUGACUCUAUCCCAGCCAAAACCAGGACAGGCUGUUGGAGAAAUGUAAACUCUGAGGCAGUAAAACUUAAAAUCUUACUACAGCUACAGAAGAGACUGGUUUUAGAGGAACCAAUUCAGCCAUCCGCAGGCUUGGGCCUGCUAGACAAGCAAUAACUUUAAGUAACUCUUGAAACCUGUAGUAAAAUACAGCCUUAACGGCUGCUCCCGUCACCUUACCUUAGGGCCAAGAGCUCUUGUUCGUGAGACAAGGGUGAAGAUUCCCCACUCUUGCUUCUUGGCUCCUUGUUGCUCUUGUUCUGGUGAGGGUAAAUUUUCUUCGGUGUCGUUUUUGUAGCAUAGAUGGAAAAGUUUACGCUUUCCCCACCUCUUGCCUUAGUCUGUGUGGAAUCCUAGCCAGGGUGGGGCAGUAGGCCACCAGCAGCGAUGUCGGCGUGCUCUGCGGAGGUGGGUUAGGCUUCUGCCCCAGUUGCUCUCAGUCUCAGGGAUUUACUUGCUCUGUCACCUCCCAGCAGAAAGGCUUAGCGGGCUGCCUUGUGGAUUCAGUGUCUGCUUUGAUUUGAACCCAGCAGCACUGCUAAAAAAACACUUCUUUCCAAAUCCGCAAGCUUUCUUGUCUGUACAAACACUUGUUUCCAGCAAAGGUCUCAGUUCUCUGCUUGACCUUCACAAAUUAUCCCUCCCAGAGCAGAUUUGAUUGUCUUCCUUUGAAGGUUGAUUAUAUAUUGCAGAGAGCUGGUGACCCUCAUUUUUAUUUAAAAAAAAAA